AUGAAGGAUGGGAUCUUCAGCGAGAUGUUCUCCCAUACCAUGGCCCUCAAGCCUCUGCUUCUAUGGACACUCAUACUCACUUUAUCGGUCACCGUCACCGCCACAUCCUUUAACCUCUCGAGCGAGAUUACAAGAUUCAUUCCCACGUGCGCCCGUCAAUGCUUCCGCUCUCACCUGAGCGCCAAUUACGCCCUCACUACCUGCGGCAGCGCGCCGACGCUGGAAUGCCUCUGCGCUAAUGUUGGGUUCACGGGGCUCACGAUCGGGGAGGGUGCUUUUCAAUGUAUCGUCGCCGAGAAGGCCAUCGGCUCUUGUCGCGAGAGCGAUUCACCACAGACCGUAAUUGAUGCAGCUUACUUGAUGUGCUCGAACCUGCCUGGGGCCGUUACUCCUACGCACACAGCCAUCAUUGCAACGUUGAUUCUGCCAUCAACGGGGGCAGGCAUCAUCAUAGUCCCUGCACCAUCGACUUCCGCGGUGGUCUAUCCCACUUCCACGACGAGGCACCUGACAACGACCUCCAUCCCGACAACGCUGAUCACGGCAACGGGCACUGUCUCCGUACCAAGCCCAUCGUUCUCUACCAUUACAAGGUCGAACACGUCUGUUAUGUCGACCACCAGCUCGACAACGACUAGCACAAGCACCACUUCCAGCACCAGCACCACACCACUGCCUCCGCCACCAGCAACCACAACGACUCAGUCUGCUUCAGCAACUGCAGUACCCGGCGCCGAAGAAUCCAACUCAGGCUCCUCGGAGCGACUCGGAACGGCACAGGUGGCAGGUCUAGCGGUUGGUAUUGCAGCAGCCGUGGGCAUCGCGAUCCUCGCAAUCUGCCUUGCACGUCGCAAGCGCCGCAGAGACUAUCCAGAUGUCAAGACUGGCUUCUUCCCCGUGCGCGAGAAGGACUCCUGGGAAUUCCAUCCACAAGAGGGCCCGGCGAACAUCUUCCACAUCUCCCCGCCCCUGCACCAUGCCCGAUCGCCAUCACCGCCACUUCAACCGCCCCCAGCGGCUCGUACCCGAACAAGUGCCCGUACAAGUUGGUGGCCUGGGGCCAUUGGCCUCGCCAUCUCCAGACAGAGUACAGGCACGCCAAAGUUGCCGCAACAGCAACAGGCCCGCCCGACAUCCCGUCUCCUUCCCGCCAAGCCGUCUCUAUCAUCCCCGAAGCCGGUUCUGUCCAUUAAGAUCCCCAAGAUCGACCUGUACUCCUCUUCGCCUCCUCAGCCUCAGGAGCAACAAGGUCCUUCUCAGCAGACAAACUCUCAGAUUCUAAACGAGAGGACAGCCAAGCUGACGGCUCCGCCGCGCACGCAUUACAACCUCCCCCGCGAGAGCACGAUGACCGAGUUCGAGGAGGAUGGCGCACUUACUUCGGCACCCGUCACAUCGGCCCGCUCCCAGCGAUCGAACAAUAUCUGGCGCCCUCCGUCAGCGGCGACCGGCAAGACGCCCCAGUCGGCUACGACGUACUAUGUUGCCGACAAGAAUGGCAACUGGGUGCUGGGCGACCCCAAGAGCGCAACUCAUAUGGCUCAACUCGCCGAGCUUGAUGCUUCGGGUGCAAGCGCAGGUGGUGGAGCAAAGUCGAAGCCCUCGUACGCAGAGUCCGCCAUGCUUGCGGCCACAGCUUCGAAGGCGGGUAUUGGUCAUGGAGCCGGGAGCCCAAUCGCUCCCACGGCGCCCCGGAUGCCGAUGCCUCCUGCGCCGGUGCUUCUCCCUCCAGCAGAGAUCGUUCCCUCCAACCUCUCUGCUCCGCACCAGUCUCGAUCCUCGAGCAUCUACUCCCAAAAUACCACCCGUCCCAACACCACUUUCCAACCAGGCGCUCCCCUGCCAAACGGCGCCUCUCACCCAGUGCCGAGCAUGUCCUUCUCCCACCCGGAGCCCCCUCGCCGUCGAAGCAACUCCCUCGGGCGCCGCAGCUCGUCCAAGUCUAAGCAACCACCUGCAGCCGCUUCGUCGGUUCCGGUUGCCUCAACCAGCGCUGCCACACCGCAAGUGAAGGCUCCCGUACGCUCCGACAGCCACGACUCCCACGUCUCUCAAGCGUCAGUGACGACAAUCGCCUCAUCCGCAGCAACAGAUCCCGAUCCAAUCCUGGAGCAAAGCAACCUCUCUCCCGUCGUUGAGUCACCGGCCUCAAACACGUCCCCUACAGGCCGCUCGCCAGUCUCCUACCCCGUGAUUCCAGGCCGCACGUCCUCGAAACCCAGCAGCAACCUCCGGCUUCUUGCCCCUCCCACACGGCAAUUCGCCGCCCUUCCACCGGGUCAACCCAGCCCCACGCUCGGCAUGCUACAGCAACAACAGCAGCAGCAGCAGGCCCGCGGACCGUACAUGGCAAGCUACGACGUUCCUCGUAAACCCAUCGCCCGGCCGCGACCCAGCGCAGACCCGAACAGGAUCGCCACCGGCUCGCCCUCCCUCCGCCUCGUCACCCCCUCUCCCCCAUCAGACACGGAGAAAGACCAGUCUUCUAGACCUCCGCAGAUGAAGCCUCUCUACCCUCCCCCUCUACAGCCCCAGCGCCCCCGUCUCGAACGUGGCGACGCCCACCCCCAAGCACAAACGGCACAGGUGCAGCAGAUGCCCCCCAACGUCGAGCCGCAAUCAGCAUCCGUCUACAAAGCGCUCUGGGGAGACGCCCCUCGUCCACUUCCCGUCCCUCCCCAGCAGAACCACCCGCAACCUCCGCCCCGAAGCCACCGCCGCAUCUCUCAGCAGCAGCAACAACAGCAACCAAACCGUCAGUCCUUCCAACAACGAGCCUCACGCCAAUCCCUCCAGAACCUGCCCCAGCAGUCUCCGCCUCCUAAACAGCCCCUCCCCGCCCGCCCUUCCGCCUCUCCCUCCCCCUCGCCCCACCACAUCGCAACCCAAACCCUCACCGCGCCCCUCCGGCCAGCCUCGGAGGCAGCGUCCGUCGCGACCCCACUGUCGACGACGUCCUCCCUCCUCUCCAAGCGCCUCGGCACAGAACGCGCCGCCGCCCUCGCGCCCCUCCAGCACAACGCCAACGGCGGCACGCGACACAGCCCCAACUGGAGACCCUACCGCCCGGGCGCCGGAGGCGACAUGCUCUUCUCCCCCGACGAGUUCUUCCCCGCGCCCCCGAUCCCAGGCGGCGGAGACGAGAAUAGAGGCGGUGGCGGAGGACUGCCUGCUACGCCGACGUGGCAGCCCAAGCUCACGCCCACGAGACGGGGUGACGAUCUGUUCUUGAACGUACAGUAA